UUUCAAAUUAUCCGUCACUCCGAAACGGAGCAUUUAAUCGAACCAGAAAAGUAAAAGCGAACUCACAGCAAAUGUGUAGAAAUGGGCGCAAGCAACAGCAAGCCACAGACGGUGCAGAUGGCCAAUCCAAUGGCUUUUGUGAUUACCCGGGAUGUGGUGGAAAGAAUCGAGGGCACUGCCAAGGACUCAAAAUUAGGUACCACCCUCUGCGAAAAAUGUAAGCAGAAACCCGAUUUAGAAUCAAGUUCCGGUGUCCCCGUUACGAUGGAACAUAGCCCGAAGGAAACUCGAGAUAUGCAGCCAGUUCCAGUGGCCAAGUCCUGGAAAAAGCGCUACAUGGAGGUCGAGGAAACGGAGUUCGGAAAAUCCCUGCUGCGGGUUCAAGAGCUCUUUGGCCAGACCGUAAAUUGGGCCAAGGAUUAUGAAGGCGAGAUUGGGAAAUUCGAGGAGGAACUGAUCCACUGCUAUCAACGGUAUCCCAACGAAACCCUGCAGUGCUCCAAUUUGGCCAGACAGUAUCACAGGUUCGUGUUCACCAAGCAGAACGCUGAAAUAUCCAAAAUGAAAGUGGACCCCGAUGGAUCCGGUGAUCCGAGGGCACCCAAGUCAUCCAGAGAUACUGAGAGAUAAUCUAUUUUUUUUAAGCCAGACGCGAUCUCGAAUCAGUUUUCAAAUCGGUUUAAUUUAUAUUCCUUUGGCUCAAGAAACAGCAAGCUAACGUAUUCAGUUAUAUCUAAUCGACGGAAUUGAAAAUAAAAUAUAAUUAUAUUU